AUGUCGCAUAACUGUGCCGUCUGUGAUGGAUCGUUUGAUAGUGAGGGAGGUGAACAAGGAAUUAAGUGUGCUGGAAGCUGUAACAAGUACUACCAUGCUCGAUGUAUUCAAAGGGACGUUGAUGGAGCCAAAACUCGAUCUUUUAGAGAUUGGAGGUGUAGGGAUUGCCGGGCCUCAUCAGCCACUACUCCUUCGCAGGUAAGCAACGAAUCUACUAAAGAACUGCUUAAAGCACUUGAAGAUUUCAAGCAACAAAUGUUUGUCGAGCUUAAGUCUGUGAGGGUGGAGUUAAAUGAGCUCUCGGGGUCUAUGCAGUUUGUCUCUGAUAAGAUGGAUGAGUCAACUAAUCUAAUGAAGGAGAAGAGUAAUCUUGAAAUUAACGGGAUCCCAGAAACACCAAAAGAGAAUGUGAGCGGCCUGGUGAGAGAUGUUGGAGUUGCCCUAGGAGUUGAGAUCCAGGAGACCGACAUAUCAACAGCACACCGAGUACCAUCUUUCAAUAAGGAUCGAAUUCCGCCCCUCAUCGUCCAGUUCUCAAGAAGGACCGUCAGAGACACUUUGCUCAACAAGUUCAAGGAUAAGAAGACGAUGACAGCCGAGCAGAUCAAUGCCGCCUUCCCCGCCCAGAAAAUCUACGUCAGUGAACACUUGACACCGGAAAACAAAAUGUUUCUGUCAAAAUUGAAGAAUAAGUGCAAAGAAAUUGGUUACAAGUUCGCCUGGUAUAAAGAUGGCAAGUUCUUUGUGCGGAAGUGUGAAGGGGAACGGUUCAUUAGGAUUGAAAACGAUGAGGAACUCAACAAGCUGAAGUAA